CGGCGAACACCGAGCACCUAGGGAUCCAAAGUAAAGUUGCACAAAAAUCCAACAGAAAGUUUUCUUACGAGUUCGAACGCACGAUUAUCGUUGGCGCAACAUUAGUUUUGAGUUGGCUACCAACGCGAGCGGGUCAUUCUCUUUGCAAGCGACACACAUUUAGAAUCUUAAGGAUACUUCGAACGAAAUACCAAUUGCUUUAGUAUAAUUCGCUAAUUUUUCGCUUCCAACUUUCAAGAAGUGUUGGAAUCGACUUCUUAACGUUCUAAAUCCCUCUACUCCCUGAAAGAACAAAACGAAAGAACAGCAACAAAAACACAAAAUAGUUUAAGACACAAAAAAUUAAACAAAUCUAAUAAUAAAUCCGAGAAAACCAAACUAACUAAACUAAAACGUCAUUUCAACUUCAACUACAGUAACACGACGAAUUCAAAAUGAUGAUGGAGAACGGUCUCUCCAUGGAAGGUUAUGGUGAAAACUACAUGGAGCAGGAAGAAGAGUGGGAGCGCGAGGGACUUUUGGAUCCCGCCUGGGAGAAACAACAGAAGAAGACCUUUACAGCAUGGUGCAACAGUCAUUUGCGCAAGGCCGGCACCGGUAUCGAAAAUAUUGAAGAUGAUUUCCGUAAUGGCUUGAAAUUGAUGUUGUUGCUGGAAGUUAUUUCUGGUGAAACUUUGCCCAAGCCCGAUCGUGGUAAAAUGCGUUUCCACAAAAUUGCCAAUGUCAACAAGGCUUUGGACUUCAUUGCCUCCAAGGGUGUUCACUUGGUAUCGAUUGGUGCCGAAGAAAUUGUCGAUGGCAAUUUGAAAAUGACUCUCGGUAUGAUCUGGACCAUUAUCUUGAGAUUUGCCAUUCAAGAUAUCUCCGUUGAAGAGAUGACCGCCAAGGAGGGCUUGUUGUUGUGGUGCCAACGCAAAACCGCCCCCUACAAGAAUGUCAAUGUACAGAACUUCCAUCUUUCAUUCAAGGACGGUUUAGCCUUCUGCGCUUUGAUUCAUCGCCACAGGCCCGACUUGAUUGAUUAUUCCAAACUCUCCAAAGACAAUCCAUUGGAAAAUCUCAACACUGCCUUCGAUGUUGCUGAGAAGUACCUCGAUAUUCCUAGGAUGUUGGAUCCUGACGAUUUGAUCAACACUCCCAAGCCGGAUGAACGUGCCAUCAUGACCUAUGUGUCUUGCUACUACCAUGCCUUCCAAGGAGCUCAACAGGUUGGAAAUAUGACGCAUGUUCCCGAACCCACAAGACAAUACACCUACGUCCCGAAUUACAAUGCUGAAACGGCUGCCAACCGUAUUUGCAAAGUUUUGAAGGUCAACCAAGAGAAUGAACGUCUCAUGGAAGAGUAUGAACGUUUGGCUAGUGAUCUUUUGGAAUGGAUUCGCCGCACCAUGCCCUGGUUGAAUUCCCGUCAAGCUGACAAUUCUUUGGCCGGUGUCCAAAAGAAAUUGGAAGAAUACCGUACCUACCGCCGCAAGCACAAGCCCCCACGUGUCGAACAAAAGGCUAAGCUCGAAACCAACUUCAACACAUUGCAAACGAAAUUGCGUCUCUCCAACCGUCCAGCCUACUUGCCCACCGAAGGCAAAACUGUUGCCGACAUCUCGAACGCCUGGAAGGGUUUGGAACUCUCCGAAAAGGCCUUUGAAGAAUGGCUUUUGGCUGAAACAAUGCGUUUGGAACGCUUGGAACAUUUGGCCCAAAAGUUCAAGAUCAAGGCCGAUGCUCACGAAGACUGGACUCGUGGCAAGGAGGAGAUGUUGCAGUCUCAAGAUUAUCGUCAAUGCAAAUUGAACGAACUGAAGGCAUUGAAGAAGAAGCACGAAGCUUUCGAAUCCGAUUUGGCCGCUCACCAGGAUCGUGUUGAGCAAAUUGCUGCCAUUGCCCAAGAAUUGAACUCCUUGGAAUACCACGACUGCGUCUCUGUCAAUGCUCGCUGCCAACGCAUCUGCGACCAAUGGGACCGUUUGGGUGCGUUGACUCAACGUCGUCGCACUUCUUUGGAUGAAGCCGAACGCAUCUUGGAGAAAAUCGAUAUUUUGCAUCUUGAAUUCGCCAAGCGUGCAGCUCCCUUCAACAACUGGUUGGAUGGCACACGCGAAGACUUGGUCGAUAUGUUUAUCGUGCACACCAUGGAAGAAAUCCAAGGUCUUAUUCAAGCUCACGAUCAAUUCAAGGCUACAUUGGGUGAAGCCGACAAGGAGUUCAAUUUGAUUGUCAACUUGGUACGUGAAGUUGAGUCCAUUGUCAAGCAAUACCAAAUUCCCGGUGGCUUGGAAAAUCCCUACACCAACAUCACCGCCAACGACAUGACCCGCAAGUGGAGCGAUGUCCGCCAAUUGGUGCCACAACGUGACCAAACCUUGGCCAACGAGUUGCGCAAACAACAAAACAACGAAAUGUUGCGCAGACAAUUCGCCGAAAAGGCCAACAUUGUUGGACCUUGGAUUGAACGCCAAAUGGAUGCCGUCACCGCCAUCGGUAUGGGUCUGCAAGGUUCCUUGGAGGAUCAAUUGCAUCGUCUCAAGGAAUACGAACAGGCUGUAUAUGCCUACAAACCCAAUAUUGAGGAAUUGGAGAAGAUUCACCAAGCCGUCCAAGAGUCGAUGAUCUUCGAAAACCGUUACACCAACUACACAAUGGAGACAUUGCGCGUUGGCUGGGAACAAUUGUUGACCUCAAUUAACCGCAACAUUAACGAAGUGGAAAACCAAAUUCUCACCCGUGACUCCAAGGGCAUUAGCCAAGACCAAUUGAACGAGUUCCGUUCCAGCUUCAAUCACUUCGACAAGAACCGUACCGGUCGCUUGACACCUGAAGAAUUCAAAUCCUGCCUUGUCUCUUUGGGCUAUUCCAUUGGCAAGGAUCGUCAAGGUGAAAUGGACUUCCAACGCAUCUUGGCUGUUGUAGAUCCCAACUCCACCGGAUAUGUGCACUUUGAUGCCUUCCUCGACUUCAUGACACGCGAGAGCACAGACACCGACACUGCCGAACAAGUUAUUGAUUCGUUCAGAAUUUUGGCAGCCGACAAGCCAUAUAUCUUGCCCGAUGAAUUGCGCCGUGAAUUGCCCCCAGAUCAAGCUGAAUACUGUAUCCAACGUAUGCCUCCAUACAAGGGCCCCAACGCUGUUCCCGGCGCCCUCGACUACAUGUCCUUCAGUACAGCUCUGUACGGUGAAACCGAUUUGUAAAUCAUCUGAGCUCAUGUGCCACACAAACAAUUUUAGUUCUGUAACCAACAACUCGUCUAUUUUAAAUGAUUUUUUUUAAGUAACCAAAAUUAGAGUGAGAGAUUAUCAACCACAUAGAUCGGCUAAAUAAAAUCUACAAAAAACAAAACAAAAACACUAUUCAAAUACGUUUUAAGUUAAUCAAUCUUAAAUAAAAUAUAAAUAAAUGUUCUAUUUCGUACUAACCCGCCCGCCCGCUCGCCCGCUCGACUAUACAGCAACAAGAGAAAGAAGAGAUCGAGAUUAAAACUAAUCCACCAUACAACACCACAUCAAUGCGAUUAACAAGAACAAUCAUGCAAAAUACACAUAAACACACACGCAUACAUGCAAAGCUUAUAAUCCUCACCACAGAAUAGCUGAAUGUGAAACUGACUCCUUUAUAUCACAAUAUACAUAUCACAGCAAGAAAGGGAGAAAUAUUGAGAGAGAUAAUCGGGAAAAAAGAAAGAGAGAGAGAGAGAGCGCAAGCAAUCAUAUUCUUUCACAAGGAUUUCAUCUUUCGAACGAUUGUUUGGUCCUGAAAGCCCUUUAUUGGGAUUGAUAUCAAGGAAAACUGAGCAAACGUGUAAUCUACCAAUGGAUUGGCAUUGACAGCGGAUUAGCUUAAGUCGCUGAAAAUAAUUAUCCUGGCAGAGAUUGCAUUCAACACCUAAACCAGAACACAACAGAAGGAAUCAACACUAAAACAACUUCUAUUUUUAUGAUCACAGUUCAUCUGAGAUGAAUAGAUUGUAAUGUAACUGAAUAUAACAAAUAUAUAUUUUUUUGAUAUUUUAUUUUAGUUUUUAUUUUUUGUUUUAUUAUUUAAUUUUUGUUAAUUUAAUUAUUAAUUUAUUCUAUUUUUAUUGUGCGCCUCAUCCAUAACGUUGAUAUUUUGAUUGAUUCGAUUUCGUUUCUAAUAAAACACAACAAAUAAAUUAUUAUUAUUAUCAUUUAAAUA